AUGGCUUCUUUUGAAAUCAACGCAGACAUGAUAACUGAGAUUCUUUCUCAUUCUCAUGUUUCAGUGGUUGAGAAAUCUAGACUCUUGAACAAAGAGUUCAACGAGAGAACUCAUAGCUCUUCUUUUCUCAAACUCAAACUCCAAAACACCAAUUCUGUCUCCGGUUACUUUCUGGAGUACAACAGACGCUUAAAAGCUCACUCCACUUUUAUCAGAAACCAAAAAAACAUUCCUCACAAAUCCGAGAUCUGUCUCGAUUUUCUACCACGAGGGAGGAAGACUGACCCUCUCCGGUAUAAAAUCAUUAGGCUCUCACAUUUGCCUUCCAAAGAGAAGAGUAGGUACAACUUCAAUUUUACUCUCCUUUGCGAAGUUUUCGAUUCGGAUUCGUUUGCAUGGAAGCGACUAUCAAAGAACGUGGAGCUACCGGCAGAAGACAUACCAGGUGUAAGAAUGUCUGAACCGGUUGCUGCUUACGGGUUCUUGCAUUGGUUAACGGCAAACAACAACGUGUUACGGUUUUGUCUGAAAACCGAAACCUGGUCGUUUCUCACGGUUCCUGAGAAUCUAGCGAGCGAUAGAUCUCUGAAACUGACAAGAUACGAAGGGAAGCUUGGCGUUUUCAGAUCAAGAUCGAAGGAAGGAGUGGAUUAUCAGGAGUUAUGGGUUUUAGAGAGCAGUUUGGGGAGUUCUUGGGUGAAAGUGAAAAAGAUUGAAAGUAUGGGGCUCGAACCUAUUGGGUUCUUGAGCAACGACGUCGUAACGCUGGCUGACGUGGAUAAAAAGUUCUUGCACAAUUACAAUAUGAACAACGGCAAGUCUCAGAAGUUACAAAUUAGGUCUCCAGGAUUCUCUCCUAAUAUGGAUGCGAGCUUGAGUUAUUUCCAUCUCUGUUCUGACUUCAAGAGAGUUGAAUUUGAAGUUGGUUUGGUCUUCUCCUUUUCCUUUUACAUGGUGACAGAAGAAACAAGGGUAUAA